GCAAGGAUGUGGCUCUACUGCAGGUGACAACCCACGGUGGCCGCAAGCAUACGGUGGAACUUACGAGCCCAGAGGGGCGAUGGAAGCACCAGGAUGAGCUCGCAGAGUUGCUGAAGUCGCGGGCGCGGCAGGUCAUGCAACUGGCGGAUGAGCACCGUCGAGAGUCAGAGCUCCUGGGGGCGCAAAUGCGUGUGGUGCUGGCUUGUCCCCAGCUGCGCGAGAGAUACAACUACCUGGUCAAGCAGACCCAGGCCAUGAGUCACGCGGACUUCUGCGCGGCACAUUCCCAGGAGAUCGCUAUGAAGAAGCCGCUUCCCCAAGCUCCUGUCAUGGACUUGGCGGCCCUGCAGCUCCCCGAAGAGCCAGGCGGGCCAGGCGUCGGCGAUGGCAAAAGUAAGGGCGCCCCCAAGACAGCCGUAAGCGAGGAGAGCGCGAAGGCCAUCUUCAAGGAGAUGCCCGCCCUCGAGCAACUGUACCGCUCCGUGGUGCCGAUGCUGGUCCCCCCAGCGCAGUUCUGGGCCCGUUGCCUGGCCUCGCGCUUCUACCUGGAAGCCAUGGGCCGCGAGGUUUCCGUGGGCCACCCCGCCGACCCACUGUUCGACUCGCUGGCCCCUGCAGCAGGGCGAGCCUCGGAGGCUCCAGCAGUGCCCGCGACACCCGUGGACGCGGCCGUCGACCUCACGGGCGAGCCGCGGCGGGAUGGGGAGCCCGCGCCUCCGCAGCGGAGGGCCCGGCUGGUGGAGAGGCUGAACGAGCGGAGCGCUGGCGUCCUGGCCGAGGCGGCAGCCGCCGCCGCUGCCGCGGGCGGCGGCGCGGCCGCCGCUGCGCCGGGCGGCCUCGCCCAGGUCGUGGAGCGCCGCCGCGGGUCCCUGCGGCUCGCCGCGGACGGCCUGCGGGAGGACCUCGGAGCCCCGCAGCCGCCGCCCAAGGCCCCCAGGCUGCAGGUGCAGCGCGCCCCCCCUGGCGGCGCCCGGCCGGGGGAGCGGGCGGCGGCCGGCGGCGGCGGCCUGGGGGCCGCGCAGAGGCGCGCGCUGUGCGGGUGGGCCGCCGAGGGCCAGCAGAGGCCGCCUUGCGCCACGCCGACCGAGAGGGCGACGAAGUCGGUGCUGAUCAAGGCCACCAGGGAGAUGCUCGAGGCCGACCGGCUCGCGGGCGCGGUCCGCGCGAGGGAUGCCGAGGGCGAGCUGCCGAGGGACCUCCAGGAGGUGCUCACGCGCGCGAAUGCCCUGCUGAGGCACUUCUGGGCCAGCCGCGAGAGCGAGGGGGAGAUGAGGUCCCGCCUGGUCCGCGAGAUGGACGCCUUGCUGCCCACUCUGGACAGGUGGCAGGCCGGCACGGACGCCUUGUCGCGCAGGUGCGCCAGGUCCGUCGUGCCCCCGCUCCACCGGGCCAAGCAGCUGCAUCAGCGCAGCGUGGUCCUAGAGCAGAGCUCCAGCGAGCGCCUCGUAGAAACGGGGCAG